GAACUUCCGCCAUGAUUUUGCAAAAAUCAAGUGUUUUUAAAAACUUUUUUAAUUUAACCUUAGCUACGCUUGCAAAAAAUAAAAGUGCUCAUGGUUCGAUUCGACUAUUAAGUUCUAUUUCUGAAAAUAAGUCGGAAACAGACAAUAAGGAUAAAAAGAGUUCAAUAUUUCAAGAAAUACUUUAUGGAAACCCACAAAUCAAGGAAGAAGAUAGUCAAGCUCAUUCAAAGUUAAUAGCGCGCGGAAAAUAUGUUCACGAAAUACAAAAACAUAAAAUAAAACCUGAUUGCGUAGAAGAUUAUAUUAAACUUAUCUCCGAGCAUUAUCCUCGCAUUGCCAAUAAUCCGAAAAAUUCGGUCCAUUUGUGCGGUAGUUGGCAAACAGAAAUUGGGGACCUUGAUAGUUUUUUUCAUAUCUGGGAAUAUCAAGGAUAUACUGGCUAUCAUGAAACUCUCAACCAAUUAAAGAAUGAUCAAUAUUAUCAAAAUUUUGUUAAAAAAUUGCGUCCCAUGCUUCAAAAUCGGAAAAGCCAAAUUUGCCUGGAAUUUGCCUUCUGGGCAACAAGUCCCCCAGCUGCUCUUGGAGGAAUCUACGAAUUAAGGUCUUACAGACUCAAGCCCGGCAGAUUAUUGGAAUGGGAAAAUCACUGGAAAAGAGGACUUGAGUGUCGUAAACAAUUUUGUGAACCCGUCGGGGCAUGGUUUUGUCAAUUGGGGGAAUUAAAUUUUGUACAUCAUAUGUGGCAAUAUCCCGACCUUGAAAGUCGUAAGAUAACUCGUGAACAAGCAUGGAAUGUAGACGGAUGGGCCGACACUGUUUUUAAAACGGUGCGAUUGGUCCGAAAAAUGGAAUCAAACGUUUUGGUUCCUCUUCCAUUUAGUCCACUUAGAUAACAUGCGUUAAUAAUUUAGGAUAAUACUAGAGGAUAAUUAAAUUUAUUUAUUUAUUUAUUUAUAUGAAUAUUAUUAUAAUAAUACGCUUUUAUUUAUUCUAGACCGAAAAUUCCUUUUUCAAUAAAUAAUUCUUUGAUUCCUGCAUUGUUAACUUAAGCAUUAUCCAAACCUUGACUCUCAUCGUCUACAGUUGAUACAUCGCCAUCAUUUCCAUCACUCAGAGUUCCACUUUUUCUCAAUCCAAUUUGUCUUGCUAAUCCUUCUCUUCGUUUUCUUUCUC